UAUCAUUCUAACCUAUAAAAAUAUUAAAUGCCGGUUCCCAAAAUUAAGUAAAAAUAUAUAAUAAAGAUAUAAUGAGUGCCGUAAGAUCUAAUUCAUUUGAAAGUGGCUUAGGUGAACCUGAACAAGAUGCUAACUCAGCCCUUACAGAUUUAGACAAAAGUUUACGAUCAGGAAAAAUUGGUGAACAAUCAGAAGCAAUUGUUCGUUUUCCACGUCUUUUUGAAAAAUAUCCUUUUCCAAUAUUAAUCAAUUCAUCAUUUUUAAAAUUAGCUGAUGUUUUUAGAACGGGGACAAACUUUUUACGUAUAUGGAUUUUACGUGUAUUUGAACAGAGCGAAAAACAUUUGGACAAGAUAUUAAAUGUUGAUGAAUUUGUAAGACGUGUCUACAGUGUUAUGCAUUCAAAUGAUCCAGUAGCUCGUGCAUUAACAUUACGCACAUUGGGUGCGUGUGCUGGCAUUAUACCUGAGCGGCAACAAGUGCACCAUAGUAUUCAUCGUAGCUUAGAUUCGAAUGAUGCUGUUGAAGUUGAGGCUGCCAUUAAAGCGGCUGAACAAUUUGCUGCUAAAUCUAAAACUUUUGCAAUAAGCAUGUGCAACAAAAUAUCAGACAUGAUCCAAGGACAAGUAACACCAGCUUACAUGAAACUACAAUUAAUACCAAUCUUACAACAUAUGCAUCAUGACACAAGUACUGCCAUACUUGUACGAAAAUUAUGUACGGAUUUAUUACCAAAAUAUCCAUCAAAAGAAUUCGUAAUUGUGACAUUAAAAUCAUUAACACAAUUAUCAGCAGCAACAUUGGUUGAUAUUCCUGAACAAGUAUCUUUAUUGUUAUAUUAUUUACGUUCAGAUCCACGUUGGCCUGUCAAAGCACAAUCAUUAACAAAUUUAAAGCAAUUGGCUAGAGAGGGUUCACAUUUAUGGCCAUCUGGUUCAAUUGAGGAUAUUGUUGAUGUGGCAUUAAGUACGGAAACGGUUUUGGUUCAGAGUUUAUCACUUAGUGUAAUAUUAGUUUUGGUACAAUCACCAAUUACAUGCCAUUUAUAUCGUGAUACAAAUUCACCGGUACGUAAAUUAUGUGAAAAAUGGGUAUUUUCACAGAAUAUUGCAAUUGCUACACAAGCUGUACAAAUAUUAACGAAAAUUGCAUGUUACUGUUAUAAAGAAGAUAAUAACAUGAAUAUAAAUGAUACAAAUCACGCGAAGCAAUUAAUUGGACAAAUUGAAACAUUAAUACAAAUAAUUAUAUCAAAAAAGGAUAAUGAAGAUUUACAUCAAUUAAAAUUAGUAUUACAUUGUGCGGUUGCGUUAUGUAGUGCAUCGCCUGAUAAUUGUAUACAUUUUACUGAUUUAUUAGGUUUUAAUUUAACUACAGAUUGUUCAAAUGAAACACGUAUAUUAUUAUGCGAAGCACUUGGUGCAAUCGGUAGCAUACAACCAGAUAAAUUAUUAAAUUUAUUACCAGAUUUUUGUUUAAAACUAUCAGAAUUAUCAUCACAAAACAAUAAUAGCAAUAACUCAACAACGGCUACGAUAAAAGCAGAUGAUGAUACAAUUAAUAAAAUUAAAGUAAUGUUAUGUACACUUGUGUUCCAAGCAAUAUCUGAAUAUGAAUGGGAUAUAAAAACAAUUGAUAUAUUAAUGAAUGUGGUUGCAUCUAGUAAUCAAUGGGUUAAUUAUCGUAUCGCAAGAGCUGCUACACGUUAUGGUCAUAAUAAUAUCGCUGAUAUGGUUUUCUCAAAUAUGCCAUUACAAGUGUCAUCGGAAUAUUUAUAUUUUUGGCUAAUGUGCUUGAAAGAAAUCAGCAAAGGUGAAGCUCGAUUAUUAAAUAUUAAAGGAUCAACAAAUCGUUCCCAGUUGGCUAAUAAUCUCGUUGAAGCGAUUAAACAUUAUAGUAAAGCAACUACUGCACUUAAAGCAGCCAGUUCACCAACACAAACAUUACAAUUUCAAUACGAAUACACAAAAUUACGUACAGAGUUUUUGGAUUGUUUAUUACAACUAAUAUAUGCGUGUAAUAGUUUGUGUACGGCACCUCCACCAGCGAUAGCUGGGAGCACAGCACAAACGUCACGUGAUGAUAUGCAACGAUUUGGACAUAUUACACAACAAUUACGUGCAUCUGCAAAAGAAUUUCAUUCAUGUGGUGAAUUUUAUGCAAAAUUGUAUCAAACAGCAUUCGAUGCAGAUCCAAAUACAUUGGAAAAUAUUCAAAUAUUACAACAAAUGUGUACAAUAAUGGCUGUGAGUAUUGAACGAAUUUGCCAUCCAAGUAAUAGUACGUCAGUAACUGAUGAUGCUGCAUUAUUUGCUAAUUGUAAUUCAAUAAAUUCACAAAGUUUGGAGACACGUUUAAUGAGUACAGCAUGUGAGAAAGUUAUAAAAAUAUCCAAAGAAUUAGCAGCUGAAACGGAAAUGAAAACUAUUGCUCAUAAACAUGCAGACAGUUUAAUAAAUCAAGUGACAAUAUUAGCAAAUACAUCAUUAUGUAUACCACGGUAUUUCUAUCAAGUAUUACAAUCGACGACCGUGAAAUUAUCAAUUACCCCACAACCACGUGUACUAGGAGAAUCUGUAAGUGUACCUCAUGGUUCACAAUUAGCUGUUAAAGUUGAAGGUGUUGUACAACAUGGUGGUAAACCUGGAUUAUUUCGUUCUGUUAAAGAAGUCAUUGUUACAGUUACAUCUGUUCCGCAAACAAGAAUUAAUCACGAUUUACAGGUGCCAAACGACAACAAUUGUUUAACACUAACACAAACUGUGACACCACAUCGUGACUUUUUUACAACACAAUUCCUACUGGCAUUUGCUCAAGGUGGUCAAUAUGUGUUGAGUAUUGAUGCAUGUUUGGUGGAUUCAAGUGGCUGUGUUUGGCGUGUGUCACAAAAAACUACAUUUGCUGUUAAAGUGUAUGAGGAACCUGGCGCCAAACAGAAUCAAGUACAACAAACAUCAUCUGCAUCAACUUCAUCAACGACAACUAUCAAUCCAACACAAUUACCAAUUCCCAAUCAGAUACCACUUGCAACAUCUUCCACUCAGUUAAUAACUAACACGUUAAAUGUUAAUCCGGCACAAUCGAAUAUUAAUGUAAGGCGAUAAAAAAAUAACGAUAAUAAAUUCAUUUUUUUGUAAGAUUUUUAUA